GAAGCUACAAAAAAAGAAUAAUUGCGACUCACGACAUGACCCAUACAUACUGCUGGUUCUUGCAUUAUAUCAUUUUAAAAAGGUGUGGGGCUUUUCAAUGAAAUCCCCUGGUGUCUCUCAGGAAGCUUUUAUUAAAUCCGUACAAUCCCAUUCAGGCUGAUCAGAUGCUAAUGGUGCAGCAUGGCUUUCUGAGGGUUGCUCAGGAACCCUGAUAUUUAAAACUUAAAUUGGUGAUGUCAGAUGUCGCUCCAGAAGAAGCUUCCUCUCCUCCUCUUUUCACUCCUCCCACCCCCUUCAGAUCUUGCUAUGCAGAAGAUUAUUUGAUGUCGAAAUUCAGCUUCACUUCUUCCCAUUUCUGUUUUGGGAGUUGAGCCUCGGUGGUUUCAGGAGGAAGAGAAGAAGAGGCUAUCAAAUUAGUGACCUGGUGGUGUGCGCUUCUGGCCAUGCGCUCUGGAAAGUGAUCUCUCUCACACCUGUUUUUCACCACUUCACCAUGGUUGGUUUAGUCUUCACCCUGCUGAUCGGACUGAGUCUGCGAGGCCCCUCACGAUCUUUGGGGUACAACAUCAAUCCUUCUCCAGCAAUUCUCUUCUCAUCGAACCACAGCAAGCACUUUGGCUAUCAGGUCCUCCAACUUGGAAAAGGUUCUGAAGCAAGGGUCAUUGUAGGAGCCCCCGGAGAGCAGAAUUCUACAGGCAAAGUGUACCAAUGUAAUUUGAAGAGCCAAGAAUGUGAGGACAUUCCACUUGAGGAGAACUCUCCGGUACCCCAUCUCGGCAUGACCCUGGCAACCAAUAUGCAGGGAAAUAAAAUGAUUGCAUGUGGGCCAGGCAUCGAACAACACUGUGACAAAAAUCUUUACGUAAGUGGAAUCUGCUACCUGUUUGACAUCAAACUGCAGAACCCCAAGAACAUAACAACUGGAUAUCAGAAGUGCCUGAAAGGAAAAGUGGAUCUGGUGUUUCUUUUUGAUGGGUCAGCAAGCAUGAAAACAUCUGAAUUCAUGACUAUCAAGCAAUUCAUGAUUGACGUCAUGAAAGAAUUGUGGAACAGUUCUGUACAUUUUGCUGCCGUGCAGUUUUCAGAAGAUGCCAAACUCGAAUUUGAUUUUAACAACUAUACUAGUGAUCCAAAUCCUGAAAAGCUCUUGGCCAAUGUGGUUCAUGCCGAGCAAAUAACAAACACCUUCAAAGCUAUCAAAUUUGUAGCAAAUGAAGUCUUCAUUCCCGAACGUGGCACCCGAAAAGAAGCAAACAAAGUGAUUGUCAUUAUCACGGAUGGGGACGCCUCAGACAGGGACAGGGGACAUAUAGAAGCUGUCAAGAAAAAGAACAUUUUGCGCCUAAUCAUUGGGAUUGGUAAUCACCUUAAUGCACCUGAGUCCCAAAAGAAUCUCAAACGGAUUGCCUCAGAACCCACAAAUCAAUUUUUUAAAAUUCUUGCCAGCUUUGAUCAGCUCAAAGACAGUUUCAAUGAUCUCCAGUCUAAUAUCUUUGCCAUUGAAGGCACCAGUGACAGCAGAUCCUUCCACCUGGAAUUGUCAUCCAGUGGAUUCAGUGCAGAUAUAUCCCAGGGUCGUGUGAUUCUUGGUGCUGUGGGUGCUGACAACUGGGCUGGGGGCAUUUUGGAGCAGCAGCAGGAUUUUGCCGGUGAAAGAUUCAUUACAACUCCCUCAGUCCGGAAAGAGAUGGAAGGGGCAUAUUUGGGGUACACACUCAGUUUCCUCCAGCAUCAUCAGAAAGCAUUCUACGCCGUUGGUGCCCCUCGAUACCAACAUAUGGGAAGGGUCCUCAUAUUUGAGGUCGAUGCCAAAACUCAGAACUGGACUUUAAAGCAAGAAAUUAAAGGGCAACAGACUGGAUCCUAUUUUGGAGGGGUGCUUUGUGCCGUGGACGUCGAUGGUGACCAAGAAACAGACCUGCUGCUUAUCGGGGCCCAGCAAUAUUUCACCGAAACGAGAGGAGGCCGGGUUUAUGCAUAUGGCUGGGAAGAGGAUAAUCUCAUCCUCCUCGGAGAAUUUAAUGGGGAUUUAGGAUACCCCUUGGGCAGAUUUGGGGCAGCCAUCACAGAUCUGGCAGACAUCAAUGGGGAUGGACAGACGGAUGUGGCUAUAGGAGCUCCCUUAGAGGAUGGAGAGAGGGGAGCUGUCUACAUCUACAACAGCCACGAGAAGAUUCUGCCUAUGGAGUAUAGCCAGAGAAUUACUGGAGCCAGCAUUUCUCCUGGUCUGAGAUACUUUGGACAGUCCAUCCAUGGAAAGACAGACCUCAGUGGAGAUGGUCUCACCAGCAUUACAGUGGGAGCCUUGGGAAAGGUGAUGGUGCUCCAAUCCAGACCAAUUGUUAACGUGGCCACACAAGUGACUUUCGAGCCCAAAGAAAUUCCAGUGAAAGAUGUUGAAUGCACUGGGCAUAGCAAAACCUGGCAAAAUAUAAAUUUGAAAUUCAUGAUCUGCUUCAAUAGCAGCUUUGCCACAGAGAGAUACACAGGAGAUCUGUCUGCAAAACUCUUGUUCCACUUGGAGAUUGACCCAGACAGAGCAAAGUACCGGGGAGAAUUUAGGAAUGGCAAGAAUGUUCUAAACGGGGACAAAGAAAUCUCUCUAAAGCCAGUGUGCGUAUUGGAGGAAAUUAAUAUCACGAACUGCAUUGAGGAUUACUUGUCAGCCAUUAAACUCCUUGUGAAUUUAUCCCUUGAGGAAGAUGGUGUGCUGAAGAGUGGAUCUCCCAGGCCUAUUCUGAAUCCUUUAAGCAAUAGGACAAUGGUAGAGAUUCCUUUUGACAAGAACUGUGGAACAGAUGAAGUGUGCGUGGCUGACCUGAAACUCACCUUCCAUUCUUCAGGGUCUAAGGAACUGGUUGUAUCUCCUCAACAUCCGCUAGAAAUGAAUUUGGAACUGGUGAAUCAGCGGGAAGAUGCCUAUUUUACAAAGCUCUAUGUGCCCCUGUUGCCAGGUCUUUCUUUCCGCAAACAUUCGGUGCUGAAAUUCAAUGCUCUCGUCAUCCUGCAAUGCAGUGCAAUGCUACAUCGUCAGGACUUUCAAGGCCUUGCUUGCAACGUCAGUCACCCCAUCUACAGGAAUAGCACAAAGGCUUUGAUCCAGCUUCAGUUUGGUGUGCUCGACAACAUUGCCUGGAAAGAAAAAUUGGAGAUGGUGGCGUUUGUCACCAGUGAGAAUGAGGAGAAUGAAACCCUUCAAAACAACAGAGCUGUUCAUAGCAUCCCUGUGAAAUACCCCAUCAACAUCAUUGUCAAGAGGUUAGAAACAUCUAACCAAUACAUUGAAUUCAGUUCUGAACGGCAAGAAAACAAGACCGUGACACACUCCUAUCAAGUAACUAAUUGGGCCCUGGGGGCAUUCCCACCACCUACAGUAUUGGUGUAUAUCAAAGUGCCAACUAAAGUUCCUUCUGGACUGAUAUGGAAGAUUGAUAAAGUCCUAACUGAGGAUCCUAAUGUGAAUUGCCAGCCAGAAAUGAACAUGACCGUAAGGAAUUAUCCCACGUUAAUUAAGCACUGUGCAAUUGACGAAUAUCUUAUCUACAAAUGUGAUCUUGGACAGAUAAAUUCAUCUACGAUCCAUAUUAUUGGCAUGAUGUCUACACAAAACAAAUCAGAGCACUUUCUUCAGGCCGAGCUUUGCACAGCCUUGUGGGUUGAAUUUGAUACUAGAAGAUAUAAAAAUGUCUACAGUCAUGAAUUUGCCCAGUUUCAGGUCACAGACAUAGAGGUGAUAAUUAUGAUGAAUUAUCUCCCAAUUAUAAUAGGCAGUGCCAUUGGAGGCUUGGUCUUACUUAUACUCUGCGUUGUAGUACUUUACAAGUGUGGGUUCUUCAAACGGAAUUAUAAACAGAAGAUAGAACUUGAAGGAGAAAAUGAGAAUGCUGUACAAGCAACUGACAAUCUAGAAGAUGGUGCAGAGAAGGAAGAUUCUAAGGCUGAGAAAGAGAACCAAAGCAAUCUCCUUACAGAACCAUUGAAUACAGAAAAUGAGACCUAAUGAUCAAAUCAUGUUUCUCUCCAGAGACUACAGCCAGGCUAUUCGUAUAAAUGUUCGGUGUUGGGGUGUUGGGGUGGGGGUUAAGGGGGGAGCCAGAAGACUGUGGUGCUGGUAAUGAAGACUUCCUUUUUCCUUUCAAAAUUGAAAAAAGAAGCUAUUGCUGCAUUUAUUUCAAGGGCUUCUUCUGACCGUCUUAGUAAAAGAGCCAUAAUAUGUGUUUGCCGAGGCAGAUGGCAGAUAUGCAUGAUAAGAGGACCAGAACAAGACGCAGGCAGGCAAACAUGUUUUGUCUGCGUUCUCUGCUAGUCCCUUGAUCUGAGAAUAAUCUGCUGUUUUGUGUGCAUAUUGUUGUGAGAUUUUUUUUCUAGAGAAUAGCAGAUUUUGGGAUUCUGGACCAUUGGCCUUUGUUCAUCUUAUCGGUUGCACAGCAGAAAUGGGUAAGGUUUAAAAGGGAAUUGUGCGAAUUCUACCUUCCCCCACUUGGCAAGGAAUGAAAGAAGGAAUUCUGGACAGUAACUACCAACAGACUGUUAGAUAAAUAAAUGUCAAGCUCCAAAACUAAGAAAGAUGCGCUGAGUUACUCCAGAGCAGUUUUCUUUAUUGUUCUUCAUCUAUGGACAGAAAUCUUGCCACACUAAAGCAAACUUCUAGCAUCAAUAAAGAUAUAUACCAAGUUGCUACCUUGAGCUUCUUCCUCCCAAUCAAACUAUCUAAACUUUGCUGUCUUAGUCCUCAGAAUCCAGAUGACAUUCCACCACAUUAAUUCCCCUUGGAGAUUACUUUCUUACCUGAGUCUAAAAUCUUUAUCUUGGCAACUCUCAAAUGAAUGGGAGGAGAGAAGACAAAAUGACUUGGACCCUGGUCAGGAGCUUCACCAUCUUAAGCACCAUUAUGGCCCUGCAGGAUGUCUCUUAAUACUCUUAAUUUGAUUUAUAUUUCUUACCGUGUUUAGUAUGGAAGGGAACAUAAUAAGGGAUGGGAACAUCCACCCAAAAACAUAGAAACAAAAAACAAGAAGGGUAACAAGUGACAAUCUGUUGCUGGCUAAGCCUUUGGAAAUAAUAAAGCGUUCUGUCAUCAGGAAAUUUGGAGCAGAACAGAAUCUGUAUGUUAGGAUCCAACUUAAAACAAAACAAAAAAGCAUUGUGUGUCAUCAAACCUAUAUGGCUUUCAAACUCUGGGAUUGGUUGAACUUUUCAUUGAUCAUUUUUGCACUUAUUUUUAAUCUUUGUUAAAAUAUUUUUGGGAAAUUUUUUGAAUUUCUAUUUUCUUCACCAUAUUUCAGUAAAGGCUUUCUUAAAUGUAUAUUUUGGUAAUGUAUUUGCUAUAAUGUAACAUUUUCAGAAAAUCUUUAACAAUGAUGUGAAAAAGUAAAAUUACAAUAGUUAAUGAUUU